ACCAGACUUGAAGUGUUUCAUCCUCAUCCUUGAAGAUUAAGAAGAGAGACAAUGGCAACUAAUGAGAAACCAGACUUGCAUGUAAAGAACUCUUGGAUUGAGGAGAUGUCAGGCGAAAAAGGCAUUAUCUUACACCCAAGAGAAUUAAAUGUUGUUGGGGGUGACGAUGAAACAUGUUGGCAAUGGCACUCUCUUGUAACAGAAAGCAAAGGGGAACUGGGGAUUGAAGUACCAAAACUUAUGGGAACAAAGCACGUCGAAGUCCACGGAAAAUGGAAAAUGUCAAAACUCACCCCUGGCGCCAAAUAUCAAAUUGCUUACCUACUUUUCCUGAAGGAUCCUGUUGAGGGUUGGGAAAACUGCCCGUUGAGCAUGAAGCUCACGCUGCCAGACGGAACAACACAGAUUGAGAAACUGAACCUCAGCAAGCUGCCCGAGGACCAAGUAAUGCUGGUCGUCGCUAGUUACUUCGAUGGCGUUGUUGAUGAUGGAGAGAUCACUUUCUCAUUGAUUGAGACAUCGGAUGUCGUUAAAAGGGGACUUAUCAUCAGGGAUGUUUUGAUUCGUCCACUUCCACCAAUGGCCGUGCUGUCGAACUGAACGAAGUGGAUCCGCAGCAGAAGAAUAGUCAUAUGUCAGUCAAUAAAAUUUGCAUGUUUGGUUUUUUCUUAUGUUUCCAGUGGUUCUGUUUGUGAUGGUGAAUAAA